AUGGCACCAACCAAAACCCUCAAAGCAUCCUGCCACUGCCACGCCAUCCAAUUCACCAUAACACUCCCCCUCGAAUCCCUCCCCCUCAAAAUCCACCUCUGCCACUGCACAAUCUGCCGCUACGUCCACGGCGCACCAUGCUGUUUCCAUGCACCCCUACCUGACGGCGUCGAUCUGGACUUCAUCGCGCCCUCCGGCAAAGACAAGCUCACCUCGUACACGCAUCCAUCCUUUCGUUCGCGGAAAUGGUUCUGCAGUACUUGUGGUUGCCAUAUUGGUGAUAGUUCGUUGACGAAGGAUGUGUCGUGGAUGAUUUCGUCGUCGCUCUAUGAUGCGAAUCGCGGCGAGGAGGGCGUUUGGAAGUUUAGUUCGCAUAUUUGUCCUGGGUCUACCGGGGAUGGGGGGUUGUCCGGGGUUUUUGGGAGUGUGGAUGGGGAGGUGUUGAAUAUGGUGGAUUUGGAUAUACCGAAGACUAUGACUGCGACUUCUGCUUCUGCUUCUACGAAUCCGUCUGCGUCAGCUCCAAUUAUGGACAAACCUGUUUCUCACGAGGGCAAUGCAGAUGCAUCUGCCAGUGCAGACGAGAAAUUACUCGCGCAAUGCCACUGCGGCGGCGUAUCCUUCCACAUCUCUCGACCCCGCGACUCCUUCAUUGCCAGCGAAGAAAGUACAGGCUGGCUCUCCCCCAUCGACAAAAAGCGCUGGCUAGCCAGCAUGGACGUCUGCGACGACUGCCGUCUCACCACGGGGACUAACGUGAUCGGCUGGAUGUUCGUGCCUGUCGACCACAUCUCGCCAGCGCUUCCAUCAAACCUCCUGGUCGGAUCAUCCAAGGCCUACCAGUCGACGGAGGAUGUAGUGCGGACGUUCUGUGGGACGUGUGGUGCGACGGUGUUCUACUGGUGUAAGGAACGGCCGCAGAUUGUAGAUGUUGCGACGGGAUUGCUACGUGCGCCGGAGGGGGUUAUGGCUGAGAAAUGGGCUAUUUGGAGGGCUGGGCGGCCGGCGUGGCCAGAGAAUGGAUUGAGGUAUCACGAGGGAUUUGCGAGGGCGUUGAUUGAUGGGAUGAAGAGUUGGGGGAGGGAGAGGGGGCAUGCGGAUGAAUUUGUGGUGCCAUAA